AUGCGUUUCUCCUCGCUUACCUCGCUCAUUUUCCUAGCAGUGCCGGUCACUGUCUCCGCUUGCGAGGGCGAAUGCAUCGUUGCCAUCACGAAUGUGUUCCUCGGAAACUAUACCGCUCCAAUCAGCGCUGUGAUGGACAGCGUGGCGCAGCAGAUAUCCCAUUUCAUACCCAGCAAUCGUCUCGAAAUCACGCGCGCCUAUCUCUCCCCGCUCGUCGAAGCGUACAACAAGCAAGCAUACGACAGCAUGGAGAGGGCGAUCUUCCCCCAGUUUUUCCACGGCAAAUGUCAGCAAAAUGGCGUCGAUCCGCCUGGCUGCCCGAACCCUGACUGUCCCGUCGUCUGCGGCACGCCCGGCUCGAUGGUUCACUACUACUCGACGCUGCGCGAGAUCGCGUUCAACUGUACGCGCGAUUCGCUAGUGGCGCUCUCUGCGCCCGAUUCGCCGACCUAUGCGAGUAUCGAGCGGGCGGUCACGGAGGCCGCGCAGCGAGACUCGCACAAGUUGACUGGAAAGCCUGGGUACCGGACUGCACCUGUCUCUGCUCCUCAUAACGACACGGUUCCACAGUCUAUGUCGACAAGCUCUGGCUAUGGCAAGGAGGUCUUGGUCCCCAUUCUCGUCAAGAGACAGUCACUAGACGUGCAGACCGAUCUCAGGGCCGUGAUGGGACAGACUGGUAACAUGCUCCUCAACGCAUGUAGCGGGAUCGACGACAACGUGGAGAGCCUGUCGCGCUGCAGCUGGGAAAAGCCUAUGAAGGACUACAUCUUGACUUUCCCUUAG